GAAGGAAGUGGGUGCAUGCAGCCCUGAGGAGUUGGAGUUGGCGGCUGAGAGGGGUUUACGUGGUCUGUCGAGUCACUCUUGCCUCGUGCUUCACACACAAAGGCAGAAUUUGUAAGCCCACUGCCGUCGUCAUGCUGCGGAAGGGGAGCUCCUCGCUGUGGGAGUUGCUGGAGAGCGGGCUGAAGCUGGCGAACGGUGGUGGUGCUGCCGUGGCGAGGUCUGGCCUCCAGCAGCGGUUGCUGCAACGCGGCCUGCACCAUGGUGACGGGCGGCUGCGGCGGCGUCUCGGGGCCGCUACUUACGGCACCGGCGGCACCUCGGAAGCAGCGCCGGAGCAGGGCGAAGCAGUCACCUCACUGGUGCCCACCGAUAAUUCAGCCCUGGAGAAGAAAAAGUACAAAGCAGGUCUUCUCCCCAGUCUGGAAGAUCUUCUGUUUUACACAAUUGCUGAAGGGCAGGAGAAGAUUCCAAUUCAUAAGUUUAUUACUGUCCUAAAAUCAACAGGAUUAAGAACAUCUGAUCCUCGAUUGAAGGAGUGUAUGGAUAUGCUUAGAACAAAUGUGCAGGCAGCUUCUGAUGGAGUUCUGCUUGAUAAAGAACUCUUUAAAAAGUGUGUUGGAAACAAUAUUGUACUGCUCACUCAAGCUUUCAGGAGGAAGUUUGUCAUUCCAGAAUUUGAAAUAUUUACAUCGCAUAUUGAUGGUCUUUAUGAGAUAGCCAAAAGAAUGACAGGAGGAAAGGUUGCCGAUUAUAUUCCACAGCUGGCUAAGUUUAGCCCAGAUUUGUGGGGUGUGUCCUUGUGCACAGUGGAUGGUCAAAGGCAUUCAGUUGGCGAUACCAAAGUUCCUUUUUGUCUUCAAUCCUGUGUGAAACCAUUGAAAUAUGCUGUUGCCAUACAUGAUCUUGGGACUGAGAAUGUUCACAAAUAUGUUGGUAAAGAACCCAGUGGAUUACGUUUCAACAAACUCUUCCUGAAUGAAGAAGAUAAACCACACAAUCCAAUGGUAAAUGCUGGGGCCAUUGUAGUAACUUCACUUAUUAAGCAUGGACUAAGCAAUGCAGAAAAAUUUGAUUACGUUACACAGUUCUUGAAUCAAAUGGCUGGAAAUGAAUAUGUUGGCUUUAAUAAUGCAACUUUCCAGUCUGAAAGAGAAACUGGAGACAGAAAUUUUGCUAUUGGAUACUACCUAAAGGAAAAGAAGUGUUUUCCAGAAGGCAGCGAUAUGACUAGUGUCCUGGAUUUCUAUUUCCAGCUAUGUUCCAUUGAAGUAACUUGUGAAUCAGCCAGUGUAAUGGCUGCAACACUGGCCAAUGGCGGCAUUUGUCCAAUCACAGGGGAGAGAGUCCUGAGCCCAGAGGCUGUUAGGAAUACAUUGAGUUUGAUGCAUUCAUGUGGCAUGUAUGACUUCUCGGGGCAGUUUGCCUUUCAUGUGGGUCUCCCAGCAAAAUCCGGAGUUUCCGGUGGCAUUUUGUUGGUGGUACCAAAUGUGAUGGGCAUUAUGUGUUGGUCUCCACCUCUAGACAAGCUUGGCAACAGUGUAAGGGGUAUUCAGUUUUGUCAGGAUCUUGUGUCUCUAUUUAACUUUCAUAAUUAUGACAACCUGAGGCACUUCUCUAAAAAGCAUGAUCCACGGAGAGAAGGUGGUGAAGUACGGGUGAAGUCUGUGAUCAAUCUUCUCUUUGCUGCCUAUACUGGGGAUGUGUCUGCACUCAGAAGGUUUGCUUUGUCUGCAAUGGAUAUGGAGCAAAGAGAUUAUGACUCACGAACAGCACUGCACGUAGCAGCUGCUGAAGGCCAUGUGGAGGUGGUUCGCUUUUUAUUAGAAGCUUGCAAAGUAAACCCAUUCCCUAAAGAUAGGUGGGGCAACACACCUGUGGAUGAGGCAAUUCACUUUGGCCACCAUGAUAUUGUAACAAUCCUUCAAGAUUACCAAAACCAAUAUAUACCUUCAGAAAACUCGAACAAUGGAAAAGAAAAGCACUCCAAGGAGAACAUAGACAGCAUGGUAUAGUUCUUCAAUGUCCCACAGUAAUUUUGUCCUGAAUUAAACAAAACCAAACUGACAUUUUAGUGAUGCUUGUAAAAUAGUGUUGUAUUUUUGGCAAGUAAUUGCUCUAGUAGUUUAGAUUUGAAAUGUUUUGAUGUUGUUUAGAAAAACAAAUGCCUGGGCAAAAUUAAGAAAAUAAUCCAGUGCUCAUUUUGAGUGAUGAUUCUGGGACUUGAAAUAAUGCACUAAGUUCUAUGUGUGUUUUUGGGAAAAGCGAGCAGGAUAAUCUCAGCACAAUUUAAGAUUUUUAGGGAGCUGUUGUCUUACAGUCGAUAUAAAAUUGCCAUGAAGCCCUGAAUGAUACGAAUAGUAGAAAGUGAUAAGAUCAUUGCAUCUCCUGGCUUAUAAACACUGGAAAAUAUAUAGUUGUAGAAUAAAGUCAUAAAGAAAUAGUUAUUGUUGUGGUUCAUAACUUGUUGGCAAUAUCCCUGCAAAAUGUGAGUGAACAUUAUUGUGUCCAGUAGAUAUUGUGAGGAUGUUUUACCAGUAGAGGCAAUUUUACCUGCACAAAUCUUUGAACAAUCAAUUGUUCCAAAUGUGUUAAAGGCAGAUCAUUGAACUGACCAGUAAGUGUUGACCUUUGUUUAUCUAAUACAUCUUGUCCAAUUUUAGUUGCAUGAUGACUCCAAAAGGCCACACUGAAGAUGAGGAGUACAGAAACAUUAUUUCACUGUUGUCCUGUAUGCGUUUGCUUAGGAUUUGUUGCUUGAAAUUUUUCCUUUUUGUUCAGUUUGCAGUUUCAUUCACUGCUGACUUUUUUCCCCACAUUCUUAAGGGCCACUAAACGGAAGAGACUUCAUGUUACGUUACUGUAAAUUUUGUAAGUAAAUGUCUCAAAGGAAUGCAAAUGAUUGACUGACAAAAAUAUUGUACUGUAUUUAUUAAGUUCUACCUACUUUCUCAAAAAUGAAUUUUUCCAACAUUUUGCCUGUUUUAUUGAUGUUUAGAAUAAGGUAAUUACUAACUCUUCGGAUGCCUGCUUUAAUUAGAAAGUUUUUAAAUCAAAUUUUUGUUCACUUUUAGUUGAAGUUUUAGUUGUAGACAAUUUAGGGAAUGGUUUGUCAGUGGUACUUUGAAUUUUUAAGCAAGUGUAACAUUUUGUUUAUUUUUGUGUUGGACUUAGUCCAAUAGUUUGUAGUAAUUUAUUGAAAAUAGACUGACCACUAACAUUAUACUUUAGCAUCGAAACCAGUUAAAAUAUACAAAACUAUCCUGUGCUUGUGCUGCCACAAGCUGCUAUUUGUAGAGAUUGCAGUGAAUGCUUCUGUAUGUCGCUUGCAUCAGAAAAUGUUCAUUGUUCUUUGCAAUUUGUAAGCAUGACAUUACAAAAGGCUACACAGUUUAUGCCUUUAUCUAGAGACAUAAAUAUUUGUCACUUAUGUGGAUUAUAAUUUUGCAUUUGCAUUCUUAGGGCUUUAAAUGUUAAUCAAAGAAUGGAAAAAGAUACUUAUUGCUAUCCCUUCGUCUAAUGCUCUAAUGUGCCCAUUUUGUUGAUUUGGAUGAAAUUUUCUAAAACACCAUUUUCCAUUCUUAUUUUUGAGGUAACUUGGCUUUUUUAAAAAACUUUUUUGCUGAUGAUCUUUUAUGUACAAAGCUUCUAAAAACAAGUUGCCCUAGAACCAUGUCUAGGAAUCUUGAGUGUAAGAGUGUUUCUGAAAUACAGUAGUUCCGAUUUGCUCAAUCUAGUUACAUUUAAGAAAACCUUCCUGUGUUGCAUUUUUGCAUGAAUCAUUUGCAUUCCUGCAGGAUACCAAUCUCUUUAGUAAUUGCAUUUGAAGCGUAAUUUGUGUGUCGGAGUCUUAUCUGCCAAAGUUUGCUUUAUGCUCUUAUUUGUGUCUGUGCUUGCUUAGAAAGAUUGUAGCACUGCAGCAUAAUUUUGUUUUGAGUACCGUUUAUCCGAAAUAUUUAGGAUUGGAAGAUUUUGGAAUAUUUGCAUUUAUAUAACAAGAUAUCUUGGGACCGGGACCCAAGUCUAAACACGGAAUCUAUUUGCACGUACAGUUGUUGUGAAGCUCACAAAGUGAGCAGUCCUCAGUUGGAGCACGCUCUAACGUGAUGGAGCCGGAUUCUUCACAGACUGUCGGAGUUGAAUGACCACCCCAGACCGCGUCUAUAACCAGGUUCCAGUGCUGCACGAGGCGUCUUAUCCACCAUCGAUUUCAAACAGCUGCCCUUUGCAUAGCAAGUACAACAGGAAGGGGGAUAGUUUUAUAUAAUUUUAAUAAUUUUGUGCAUGAAACAAUUACCUACAAUAUUCAGUUUGUUGUGAUAGAUCUUUGCUUGUUUCACGAUCAGCAUGCCAUUAAGUGUCAUAUGCUCUCUCCAUUGAUUAAUCCACUUUCAAUGCCCGAUCAAGAAUUUAAUUUUUUGCUUUAUUCAAUGUUUUUCUAUUUUUCAUUAACUUCUGUUCAUUAUGGAUGUGAGGUCACUUCUCAGAAGUGUUUGUGGUACUCAGUCCUGUGCAUUGACUGGGAGCCUUCCCAGCUCCUUGUGGAAUUUUUCAUUUGCGACAUCAUGUCAGCGCUCAAAGAAUUUCAGAUUUCUGAAGUAUUUUCUAAUUUCGGAUAAGAGGUACUCAACCUGUAUUUCAUUUAAAAUGUAUUUCUAUCCAUUGCUGUUAUUUCAGUGUAGAACUUAGCUUAACGUGUGGUAGUAUUGGCCUCUGAUUGUACUUAAACCAAGGGACAGUUUGUAGCUAUAACUGUUUUUGAAUAUCGUGACAUGUGUUUCCAAGUAUUUUGGUGUUGAAUGUAUUUGCUAACAGCAAUCUUUUUGAUUGUUGCUUGAUAUUUUCAAUCUGUAAUGUUAAUUUUGAUGUGUUGCAGGCAAUGCAAGAUAUUUACUUAAAGAUAUAGGCAGGGUGUGUUAAAUACAGAAUAAAUUAAAU